GGGAAAACUGUGGCUGCCAUCAUCCAGGACAUGCAUUCCCAGAGGGAGAGGGACAUGUUCCGGGAAGCAGACAGAUAUGGCCCAGAAAGGCCACGGUCUCGCAGUCCGAUGAGCCGGUCACUAUCCCCGAGGUCCCACACUCCGAGCUUCACCUCCUGCAGCUCUUCCCACAGCCCUCUGGGCCCCACCCGGGCCGACUGGGGCAACAGCCGGGACUCGUGGGAGCACUCACCCUAUGCCAGGAGGGAGGAAGAGCGAGACCCGGGCCCCUGGAGGGAGAACGGGGAGGACAAGAGGGACAGGGCAGACACGUGGCCACACGAUCGCAAACACUACUCCUGGCAACUGGAAAAAGCCGAGUUAGAGGAGCGGCUCGAAGGAAGGAUGAGCCACCGAGAAAAGCACCUGAGGCCUGGGUCCCCCACCCUGCUCCACUCUGCAUCGGGCUACAAAAGCCGAGAAGACGGCUACUACCGGAAGGAGCCCAAAGGCAAAUCGGACAAGUAUGGAAAGCAGCAGCAGGAUGCUCCUGGGAGGUCCAGGAGGAAAGAGGAGGCCAGACUGCGGGACAGCAGACACCCCCACCCCGAGGACUCAGGCAAGGAAGACGGGCUGGAGCCGAAGGUCACUAGCGUCUCUGAGAGCACCAAGUCUAAGCAGAGUGAGAAAAACAGAACCAAGAGACCCGACAGAGACCAAGGAGGAGCUGAUGACAGAAAAGAAAGGAUGGCGGGGAACGAGGCUGGAAAAGAAGAGCAGGAGGGCAUGGAAGAAAGCACCUCAUCAGCGACCAGGCAGGAGAAAGAAACAGAGUCCUCAGAUGCAGAAGACACAAGGACAAAGAAGGAGCAAGAGUGGGAGAGUGGAAGUGAGGCCGAAGGGGAGAGCUGGUACCCCACCAACAUGGAGGAGCUUGUUACGGUGGACGAGGUUGGUGAGGAGGAAGAUUUUAUUAUGGAACCAGACAUCCCAGAACUGGAAGAAAUUGUGCCCAUUGACCAGAAGGGCAAAAUCUGCCCAGAAAUAUGUCCCUGUGUGAUGACCACCUUAGACCUGGACGUAGCCAAGGAUUUCACCAACGAGGGAGUGAAGCCCGUAGGGAACGGGGCCACGGAAAUCAGCCUCAAGACACCCAAAGACCUGCCUUUUGCCCCCACGAGCUGUCCCAGUGACAUGGACGUGGAAAUGCCUGGCCUAAAUCUGGACACUGAGCGGAAGCCAGCUGAACGUAAGACAGGCCGCUCACUGGAGGGUUCAGAUUGCUACGAGGAGCGGGCAGAGGGAGGGGAGCGUCCCGAUGUGCGUCUGGUCCCUCCACUCCAGCAAAUGUCUUCCCCCGAGCCAGCAGAGGAGGGGGCCCGGCAGCCUAGCCCACCUCUCGAUGACUGCAAGGCCAGGGGGACCCCUGAAGACGGGGCUUGUGAAGGCAGCCCCCUGGAGGGGAAAGCCAGCCCUCGCACCGACACCAGCCUCCAAAGCCAGGCUUGCCAAGGAGUGUCGACCCAGGACAACCCCAAGUACGUGGAAAUGAAAUCUCUGGACGUGAGGUCACCGGAAUACACCGAAGUGGAGCUGAAACAGCCCCUCUCUUUGCCUUCCUGGGAACCAGAGGAUGUGUUCAGUGAACUUAGCAUUCCUCUAGGGGUGGAGUUCGUGGUGCCCAGGACUGGGUUUUACUGCAAGCUGUGCGGGCUGUUCUACACGAGCGAGGAGAUGGCGAAGAUAAGCCACUGUCGCAGUGCUGUCCACUACAGGAACUUACAGAAGUAUUUGUCCCAGCUGGCCGAGGAGGGCCUGAAGGAGACCGAGGGGGCCGGCAGCCCCAGGCCUGAGGAGGGCAGAAUCGUGCUGCACUUUGAGAGGAAGAAGCCUUGACGCUGCCGGAACCGAGGUGGGGCCUUCCCGACCUCGGUGACGGAAGCUAAAGCCAGAGAGGAAGGAAAACCAGGCCAGCCAUGUUGCCUCGGCUCGUCCUCGGAGACUUGUGAAAAUGCCCUUGAAGUGUCUCCGCAGUGAAGCUGUCACCUGAUGUGUCCAGCAGCUGAGGGUCACCCUCUCUCCCCCCACCUCCCUGAUUCUUGUUUCCUUCAAUUUGCUUCUCUCUUCUUCCCCCUCCCUCCCUCUCUCUCACCUUCUGUGCCAAGGGUCAUUUAUUUUUCAUAAAAUCCAACUUCUCAGGGAUUUUCACAGUGUUCAAAUUCUUGAUGGGACAGGACAGGUCAGGCCAAGGAAGAGCUGUCACGGAAACUCCCGGGUCAAGACCCACUUUGGGGGGCCUGGAGCGUUUUCUGUGCCUGGCGUCCUGAGCCGGGGGAGUUGUCGGGUCGUGCAGGCCUGGAGGGGGUACCCCCUAGACCAGCAGUUGGCAGAAGCUGGGAGUUCCUCCAGCGGGACCAUCUUUUUGAAAAGCCCCCGUUUUUAAUAACUCUUUCAACCUCUCAGUUCCUCUAGAAGUCCACCAGAUUCAUGCCUUAACAUAAAAGCAAUGACUUUCACCGAGGAGGAAACGAGCUCUUCAUUUUGGAAGCUCUAUUAAGUCCUCCCCGCCCCCCAAACUUAUUUCCAUCCUCAGGAUUUCAGGAGGUGCCAAGCUUUGUUCUGUCCUGGACAAUGAAUUUGGUAUAGAUUCACUUCAAUUAAAAAUGAAAACAGUA